CAUCAAUCCCUUGAAUACUGUCGCAAUUUAGAAACUCCCCUUUCAAAUUCAUAUCAGCGUCUCCAAACCAACACAUAACAUCUACCAACUUCUAAGCUCAGUCAUGCAGAACGAGAAGGGUCAGGGCGUAUCGCACGCUAAAGAGUCACAACUGCCCCAGAAAGUGCAAGAGAAGGUGCCCUCCAGUAUUGAACACCAAGUUCCGGACUCGGCACACGACACCAACAGCAACAAGGACACGGGCAAGGUAUCGCAUGCUACUGGAGACUCCAAAGUGCCGAAGGUGUUGCAGGAAGGCCUGCCAGCGAAGAUAGAGAAGGUGGUGCCGAAUGCCAUUCACGACACUCGCGGAGCGGACAUCUAAACGACAUCCA